AUGCCUCCACCUGCACCGCUCCCCGACAUAGACUGGGCCAGUCUUGACCUGACUGUCGCCGACAUUGUAAACGGCCAUGUCGAAACCACUUGGUCUUCCCACGACAACCAAUGGACGGCGCCUGUGCUCGUCAAAGACGCUUAUAUACGUGUCCAUGGCCUCUCUCCGGCCCUCAACUACGGCAUGCAGGCCUACGAGGGCCUCAAGGCCACCCGCACCGCCGACGACACCAUCACCGUCUUCCGCCCAACCUUGCACCACCGCCGCCUGGUGCAAUCGGCCGCAGCCGUGUCGCUACCCGCGGUGCCCGAAGACAUUUUCCUCGGUAGCAUCGCCCUGGCCGUCCGCGCCAACGCCGAGUUUGUCGGCCCGGCCUCGUCUUCUGCUAUUCUCUACUUGCGGCCCGUCCUCUUCGCCUCGGGACCGCAGUUGGCGCUCGAGCCGUCGACGACUUGUACCUUGGCCGUCUACGUGCAGCCUGCGACGACAUACCACGGCGUGCGGCCGGUGCCAUGCCUGGUGCUCGAUGUCUUUGACCGCGCAGCUACGCGGGGUACAGGCCACGCCAAAGUCGGCGGCAAUUACGCGCCCGUCAUCAGGCAUAGCCAGGAGGCGCGCGCCAAGGGCUUCUACAUUACACUGCAUCUGGACAGUGCAACGCAGAGCGAGGUCGAGGAGUUUAGCACAAGCGGCUUUGUUGGCGUCUUAAAGGGCGGGAGCGAGGGCGACAAGGGCACCCUUGUGGUGCCGGACAGCGCUCAGAUCAUAGAUAGCGUGACGAGCGACAGUCUGCUGCUUCUGGCGAGGGGCAUCGGGUACAAGGUCGAGCGGAGGGCAGUCAAAUAUGCCGAGCUGGGGCAGUUCAGUGAGGUCUUGGCCGUAGGGACUGCAGCGAGUGUGCUUCCGAUUGCAGCCAUUGUGAGGGAAAGCACGGGCGACAAGUUCGACUACUGCCCGGCUGGCGAGCCCGGUCCGACGGCGGUGGAGCUGGCGGCCGCCAUCACGGCGGUCAUCAGGGGCCAGGUGGAGGACAAGCAUGGCUGGCGAUAUGAGAUAACGUUCCCGGAUGGCACAAAUACUGCAUAA